CUUCAAUGUACUGAUCGACUUCUUCCCAUUCCACGAUUUAGAUCCCAGCCGAAGACGAAGAAGAUGCCAUCUCUUCUUAAAGACUACAUGGUAAAUGAAUGCACAGGAUUUAAGAACCUUCGCACAUUCUUCGGACUCCUCUUCUCCGUAACAACGGCGCCGUCUGUCCCGUCCAUGCCUCCCCGCAGUGAGCUCCCGUGUCGGCAUUGGUCUACGUCGCGACUUCUUUCACGAACUCCUCAUCUACUUCACUCGCCGCCGGUCCCGUCCGCAAGAGAGCUCUCGUAUCGACAUCGUCAAUUCUUCAUUGUCGUCAAGGGUUUCGAGGGUUACGCUGUGUUGAUAAGCUCAUUGGCUUGGUUACCGAGAAGGUGGUCAUUGUUCUGGGUGUCAAAGAUGAGCUCAGAAGACUUCAGAGACGAAUGAUGAGAAUCCAAAAGUUCCUCGAGGCUGCAGAGCGGCGGAGGCUUGAAGACCCAUAUAUCAACCACUGGGUCUGCGAGCUCAAAGACGUAGUUUAUGAUGCUGAUGACAUCAUUGAUCGCUGUAGAAUACAAGGUGCUCUCUUGCUUGUCAAUCAACCAUCCUCUGCCAAGAAAACAUGGGUAUGUUUCAAUUUAUCCCUCCUAUCCUCUUGCUUUACCAACGUUCCACAUCGCUAUCAGAUCGGUGAAAGUAUUAGAAGUCUUAAUGAUAAACUAGAGGAGAUUUAUAAAGAUAGGUUACAGUUCAACUUAGAGGACAGCGCAAUACAGAAGUCCCAAAUGAUUAUGGUAGUGAACACUCGUCAGUCUUCUUCUUUGGACGAAUUUGAUGUGGUGGGAAGGGAGAUUGAAGAGGCUACCAAAGGGUUGGUAGCCUUGAUAGUUCAGGAACAGAGGAAGAAGUGCCGUGUGAUUGCAGUUACUGGGAUGGGAGGGAUAGGGAAGACUACACUAGCUCAAAAAAUAUAUAACAAUAAAAAGAUACAGACUGAGUUUCAAAUCAAAGUAUGGGUUUGUGUUUCACAAAGUUAUAACGAGAUAGAAUUGUUGCAACAAGUGAUUAGAGGGGCUGGAGCUUAUUAUGGUGAGGCUAUAACUAGAACGGAGCUCCAACCACUACUUAAAUCUGCUGUUCAUGGGAAGAGCCUUUUUCUUGUUUUAGAUGAUGUUUGGAGGGCAGAUGUGUGGAUUAAUUUGUUUCGAAAUCCAUUACAGAGUGCUGAUGCAAUUGUUAGGAUUUUAGUCACAACUAGAGAUGAAAAUGUUGCAAGGGAGAUGGGGGUGGCCCACAUACACCCGGUAAAGCAGCUUUCUAUUCAAACUAGUUGGGAAAUGCUAUGUAGAAAGGUUUUUGAGGAGGGACAGGAGAAUGAGAUUGGAAAGUUGGAAGAUUUAGGAAUUCAGAUUGUUGGGAAAUGUUCUGGCCUACCUCUAGCCAUCAAAGCCAUUGCUGGUGUUUUGGCCAAGAAGGGAGCAAAUAGAAAAGAAUGGGAUAAGGUUCUUAAAAAUGAUGCUUGGUCAAUGAGCAACCUGCCUGAAGAACUUCGUGGUGCCCUUUACCUCAGCUAUGAUGACCUUCCAGCUCCUCUCAAGCAGUGUUUUCUUUAUUGUUCCUUAUUUCCUGAAGAUGAAUUAAUUGAGCGUGAUGAUCUUGUUCGACUAUGGGUGGCUGAAGGAUUUGUGAAGGAGAUGCGUGAUUCAUUAGUGGAAGAUGUAGCGGAGGAAUACUAUAUCGAGUUGAUUAGGAGAAACCUUUUGCAACCAGAUCCUCAUUUUUUUAAUGCUGGUGCAUGUACAAUGCACGAUCUUAUAAGAUCUCUUGCAAAGUUUCUAUCACAUGAUGAAAUCUUUUCUGGAAAUACAAUGGCUUCCUCCUCUAGAACAAAACUUCGAAGGCUAUCAAUAGACAACGAGGAAAAUAUUACAGAUAUUAUGGGUUUGAUAACUGAGCAAAAAUGUUUGAGAACUCUACUUACGUACAAUGGCAUUAGAUUGUUGAAUGAUAAUCAGUUGGUAGGUUUAGCAUGCCUACGUGUUUUGCAAAUUAACGAUGUUGAUAUAGAGAGCAUUCCCACUUCCAUUGGUAAUUUAAUACACUUGAGGUAUCUUAAUUUGGAUGAUACAAAUAUCAAGGAGUUGCCAGAAUCUAUAGGAAGCCUCACCAACCUACAGUUUCUAAAUCUACGUGGAUGCCUUUAUUUAACAACCCUCCCUAAAGCCAUUACUAAAUUACAAAAUCUCAGGCGUCUUGGUCUCUACAGUACACCGCUAAUUUUCAUACCAAAAGGAAUCUCAAAACUAGAGAACAUAAACGACCUAAGUGGAUUUGUUGUGGCGAAUCCAGGGGAGCCAGUAGACUCUUGCAGUGGCCUGGAAGAACUGAACUUUCUUUACCAGCUGAGAAAGCUCAGAAUUUUGAAGACGGAGAGGGCUCAGAAAGGAGUUGCAUCUCUUCAAAAAUUAACUCACCUUGUUUACUUGAUGUUGUUCUACACAGAAGCAAAAGACAGACCACUCCCCACUCAAGAAGAAAUCAAACGAAUUGAGGACGUCUUUGAGGAGUUAGAUCCUCCGCGAUGCCUGGAACGUCUCUACAUAAGCCACUUCUUCGGCAGUCGGUAUCCGAGCUGGAUGAUGUCUCCAUCAUUUGGAGAACGUCUUCCUUUGUUGACAACACUGAAUCUAACAGAUAAUAUUUCAUGCACAAAGCUUCCGGCAGCUGGUGAGUUGCCACAACUAAGUCAGCUCGACAUAAAAGGCUCAGCUUCAGUGAAGAUCAUUGGACCUGAAUUUCUAGGCGUUGGUGUUGAUGUGCGGGACGGAAUGCAUACAUUAACUAGAACAGCCUUCCCAAACCUUCAAAAUUUUGCACUCCGUCAUAUGCCUGAAUUGGAGGAGUGGACCUUCAGCAAAAUAGCGGAAGAAUUUGAGCAAGGAAGAGGAAAGGCUCGUGAUUUUCCCAAAAUAAUUCUACUUCCUCGGUUGGAUGAAUUGAAACUUAUUGAUUGUCCAAAGCUUAAAGCACUUCCAAAAGGCCUAGAACAUUCUAACAUGAAGCAACUUCACAUUGAUGGAGCUCAUCUAAUUCGAAUAGUGGAAAAUUUCAUAAAUUUGAAGGAAGAACUGAGGAUCAUUAACAAUCAGAGGCUGGAGAGGGUCUCUCAUCUUCCUGCACUAAAAGUUCUUAUUAUCCAUGACUGCCCCGCACUGCACUGUGUGGAGAAGCUAGAUUCUCUUGAGCAACUUGAACUCCAUGAUUUUUCGAUCGAGGGGCUCCCAGAAUGGCUACCAAGGCUGCUCCAGGAUCGAAAGAAAGCUGAUGAUGAUGACUUCCAUUUUGAAUUCAUGUGCAAUGAGAGAGCUCUUAGGCGAUUGCUGAAAGGAGGCACUGACUGGUCAUUAAUCAAAGAUAUCCCACGAGUCUUUGCAUAUGAUAAUAAACAAAGAGGUUUUCUACGUUACACAAAGAACCCUUUUAACUAUUAUACAAAUGUUGAAAUGUAAAUCUAUUGAAAAUUCAAAUAUUAUGUAGUAUAUGUGAUUGAUUUGAUAUAUGAAUAAUGAAUGAUUGUUAUUUAGGUGUUUUGAGAUGUUUUAGGGAUUUAAGUGUCAAAAAAGUAAAUUU